AAAAAAGCGCGCGGAAGGGGUACUGCCACUGCUCCACUUCGCCUGCCUCCGUCCCGCCGCUCGCCGUGCCACUUCGCCUGCCUCUGUCCCGCCGCGCCAUGCCCGUCGCCGGCUCAGAGCUGCCGCGCCCGCCCUUGCAGCCCGCCUCACAGGAGCGGGACGCCGAGCCACGGCCGCCGCACGGAGAACUGCAGUACCUGGGGCAGAUCGAGCACAUCCUCCGCUGCGGCGUCAGGAAGGACGACCGCACGGGCACCGGCACGCUGUCGGUAUUCGGCAUGCAGGCGCGCUACAGCCUGAGAGAUGAAUUUCCUCUGCUGACAACCAAACGUGUGUUCUGGAAGGGUGUUUUGGAGGAGUUGCUGUGGUUUAUCAAGGGAUCUACAAAUGCUAAAGAGCUGUCUUCCAAGGGAGUGAAAAUCUGGGAUGCCAAUGGAUCCCGAGACUUUUUGGACAGCCUGGGGUUCUCCGCCAGAGAAGAAGGGGACUUGGGUCCAGUUUAUGGCUUCCAGUGGAGGCAUUUUGGGGCAGAAUACAGAGAUAUGGAAUCAGAUUAUUCAGGACAGGGAGUUGACCAACUGCAAAGAGUGAUUGACACCAUCAAAACCAACCCUGACGACAGAAGAAUCAUCAUGUGUGCUUGGAAUCCAAGAGAUCUUCCUCUGAUGGCACUGCCUCCAUGCCAUGCUCUCUGCCAGUUCUAUGUGGUGAACAGUGAGCUGUCCUGCCAGCUGUACCAGAGAUCGGGAGACAUGGGCCUAGGUGUGCCUUUCAACAUCGCCAGCUACGCCCUGCUCACGUACAUGAUUGCGCACAUCACGGGCCUGAAGCCAGGUGACUUUGUACACACUUUGGGAGAUGCACAUAUUUACCUGAAUCACAUCGAGCCACUGAAAAUUCAGCUUCAGCGAGAACCCAGACCUUUCCCAAAGCUCAAAAUUCUCCGAAAAGUUGAGAAAAUUGAUGACUUCAAAGCUGAAGACUUUCAGAUUGAAGGGUACAAUCCGCAUCCAACUAUUAAAAUGGAAAUGGCUGUUUAGGGUGCUUUCAAAGGAGCUUGAAGGAUAUUGUCAGUCUUUAGGGGUUGGGCUGGAUGCAGAGGUAAAAGUUCUUUUUGCUCUAAAAGAAAAAGGAACUAGGUCAAAAAUCUGUCCGUGGCCUAUCAGUUAUUAAUUUUUAAGGAUGUUGCCACUGGCAAAUAUAACUGUGCCAGUUCUUUCCAUAAUAAAAGGCUUUGAGUUAACUCACUGAGGGUAUCUGAAAACGCUGAGAUGAUGAACAAAGGAGAAUGAAAUGUAUGUGCUCUUAGCAAAAACACGUGCGUACAUUGCAAUCCCACGUCCUUAUAAAGAAGGUUGGUGAAUUGUAAGAAUUUCACAAGCUUCCCUCAAAUCUGAGGGAGCUGAGUAACACCAUCAAUCAUGAUGUAGAGUGUGGUUAUGAACAUUUAAAGUUACAGUUGUUUUAUAUGUUGCUAUAAAAAAGUGUUCUGC